AUGCUCAGUGGCCCCGGCUCUUCUUUUGAUGGCACUUCUCCGCUGCCGCUCGACCCGGGCUCAGCCAGUCACGCCCAGCCUCUCUGGGCAUCGGAACCACAACAGCAUCACGAGCAGCAGCAGCCGUCGACGCAAGGGGUUGCCAGGAACCUCAACGUUAUCGACGAAUUCUUCAUAAAAAAUGGUGCCCAUCGGCCGCCAGUGCCCUGCAACUACUGCCAACGGCUACGACUCCAGUGCCUCAUCCUCCAGACCACGGAGGCUAACCCGAAUCCCGUCAGCUCUUGCUCCAGCUGUGUAGCUCUCUACCGCGAUUGCAGCCUUGCGGAGCGUGGCAAGAGAGAAGCUUCCGCCUACGAGACUGUCCUUCCAGUCAUUGGCCAUCUGCAUGGUGUUCGCGAGGAGGUUGACGGCUCUACCCCCCUCGAGGGGACUACAAGAUGGCGCAUUGAGCGAGACGCUGCUCCAGCCCCAACCCGAUCAUCGUCAAUAGCUUCAUACAAGCGGAACAGCACCCGCUCUGUAAAGAAGACGAGGGUUCUGAGAAACUGGUUCGCCACUCACCAGGAACACCCGUAUCCAUCAGAAGACGAAAAGUGUCUGCUAUCCGAGCAGAGCGGCCUGACAAAGACGCAGGUGAUCAACUGGUUCGCCAAUGCCAGACGCCGCCAUCGCCUGACCGCCCAGUCUCACUUCAACAACAGCAGCAAAGUGUUCCUGCAAGGGUCUCCAAUGCCCCAGACGUUUCUUGCCGGCAUGUCGCCGAUGGAGCGAUGGAGGCACUCGCCCCCAAAUGAGGAGCCGGUUUCUACAUCGGCGAUCGAGAACGCCAUAUCUAACCAGCUAAAUGAAGGGGGCAGAGAUGGUUAUGUUUACUCCUAUGACGGCAGCUACGCCACCGACGGUUUCUACGACGCAUCAUCUAACUCUGGGUCGUCUGCCUUUUCCAUGUAUCAGUCCGAUGAUGCAGGCAUCUUCUCCCUAUCGGCACGGAGCUCCAUCCACGGCGGCGAUGGCGAUCUGAUAGCUGGUCCGUCUCGCCCAAGGGUCGUUGCAGGAGCGGCAGCGGAUCGUGGAAAGGCUCACAUGUUUCAAUGCACCUUUUGCCGCCAGAGCUUCAAAAAGAAGUAUGACUGGGUGCGCCACGAGCGGUCCAUCCAUCUACCUGGCCUCGAUUCGUGGAUAUGCAAGGUGCCUCUUCCAGAUGACCAGUCACAAGUUGUAUGGCGAGUGAAUCAUAGCGAGCCAGAAUGCAUCUUCUGCGGCGAGACAUCACCCACAGAUGAGCACUUGCAGGCCCACGAGUUUCAGUCUUGCGCCGAGCGUCCCGUAUCAGAGCGAACAUUCACUCGAAAGGACCAUUUAUGGCAACACCUGCACAAGUUCCAUCGCUGCCGAAAGUGGGAUGGAUGGAAGCCAAACCUACAUCUCUUACAGCACCAUCAGGAUACUUAUGAAAGCGUGUGCGGCUUCUGUCAGCUCAAGAUGCAUAGCUGGGAGGAGAGGGUCCAUCAUCUGGCGUCUCACUUUCGGCGUGGCGCAACCAUGGCUGAGUGGGCCGGCCGCGAGCCCAGCGAAGGCGGAGAACCCAGCCUUCCGAUCUGA